CGGCCGCUCCUUUAGGCAGCAGAAGGGGAAUUUAGGCCCGGAAGAUCCGAGUCCAUCCGCGGCGGGGAGAGGGCGAGCGGGGCCGGCAAGGGCCGGAGCAGCAGCAGCGGCGUUCGGACUGUCCCAUCCGCCCCGUAUUGAGGCGCUGGGAGCGACGGGGCGACCGGAAAACGAUGGUGAAAGCGGGGCCGUGAGGGGGGCGGAGCCGGACCGGACCCGCAGUAGCGGCAGUAGCGGCGCCGCCUCCCGGAGCACAGACCCAGGAAGCGGCCGGGUGGGCAGGAGUGAGCCGCACAGCCGCCAUGGAGCUCAGGGUUGGGAACAGGUACCGGCUGGGCCGCAAGAUCGGCAGCGGCUCCUUCGGAGACAUCUAUCUUGGUACGGACAUUGCUGCAGGAGAAGAAGUUGCCAUCAAACUUGAAUGUGUCAAAACCAAACAUCCUCAGCUCCACAUUGAGAGCAAGAUCUACAAAAUGAUGCAAGGAGGAGUGGGUAUCCCUACCAUCAGAUGGUGCGGGGCCGAAGGGGAUUACAAUGUAAUGGUGAUGGAGCUGCUGGGACCAAGCCUGGAAGACCUCUUCAACUUCUGCUCAAGAAAGUUUAGUCUCAAAACUGUUCUGUUGCUUGCAGACCAGAUGAUUAGUCGUAUUGAGUACAUUCACUCAAAGAAUUUCAUCCACCGAGAUGUGAAGCCAGAUAACUUCCUUAUGGGGCUGGGGAAGAAAGGCAACCUGGUAUACAUCAUUGACUUUGGGUUGGCCAAGAAGUACCGGGAUGCCCGCACUCAUCAGCAUAUCCCCUACCGAGAGAACAAGAACCUCACGGGGACAGCGCGCUACGCCUCCAUUAACACGCACCUCGGCAUCGAACAAUCUCGAAGGGAUGACUUGGAGUCUCUGGGGUACGUGCUGAUGUACUUCAACCUGGGCUCUCUCCCCUGGCAGGGGCUGAAGGCUGCCACCAAGAGGCAGAAGUAUGAGAGGAUAAGUGAGAAGAAGAUGUCCACUCCCAUUGAAGUUCUGUGCAAGGGCUAUCCAUCUGAAUUUGCCACAUACCUAAAUUUCUGCCGCUCAUUGCGUUUUGAUGAUAAACCUGACUACUCGUACCUGAGACAGCUCUUCAGAAACCUGUUCCAUCGCCAGGGCUUCUCCUACGACUACGUGUUUGACUGGAACAUGCUCAAAUUUGGUGCCAGCCGGGCUGCAGACGAUGCUGAGCGGGAACGCCGGGACCGAGAGGAGCGAUUGAGACACUCUCGGAAUCCAGCCACCCGAGGCCUGCCUUCCACAGCCUCCGGCCGCCUGCGGGGAACCCAGGAAGUGGCUCCUCCCACGCCCCUUACCCCUACCUCACACACAGCCAACACCUCUCCUCGGCCUGUCUCUGGCAUGGAACGAGAGCGGAAAGUGAGCAUGAGGCUGCACCGUGGUGCCCCAGUCAACGUUUCUUCAUCUGAUCUCACGGGCCGACAAGAUACCUCUCGCAUGUCCACCUCACAGAAUAGCAUUCCUUUCGAACACCUCGGCAAGUAGCUGCUCGUCUCCAUCGGAAGGCAGCACUGGAUUCCCGGUCGGGUGGCUUCCAGUGGUCUUCAGUCUGUCGUGCACCGAUGAGAACUCUCCUUUUUGCUGUGAAGGGCAGACAAUGCAUGGCUGAUCUACUCUGUUACCAAUGGCUUUACUAGUGACACGCCCCCCGGUCUAGACCCGAAAUGUUAACGCCGGGAGCUCUCCAGGCCACUCACCCAGCGACGUUCAUGGGGAAUCAAAAUAAACUAAACGGACAGGCUCCAAGAGCUGCCAUCACCAGGGCUGCCACCAUGGCCCCACAUGAGCUCAGAUACCACGGGGCUGGGAAGAAGAACAGAGUCUGGGAGACCAUUGCAGAGAGAACCAGACUCCUGUGAAGAGCCUCUCAGCUCCCACCAGUGGUGGCGGACCUGCACUCCCUGAUGAUCCCACCGCAGCUACCACUCUUCUACUUGGUUAAGACAGUUUUGUAUCAUUUUGCUAAAAAUUACUGGCUUAAAUCUGUGUAAAGAAAACCUGUCUUUUUAUUGUUUCUUUCUUGUCUGUUUUUGCGGUCUUCAAAAAGAUGACAACCUUAAUGAGUCCUAAGACAUGCUGGCUUUUGAGCAUCUCUAUAAGGAGGAGGCAGACAGGAGAGGGGCACCUUGGAGUGUCAGGGACGUGUGUUGUUUUCUUGUGUUGUGCUGUUCACUUUGGAGAGAAUUUCUCAUCAGAAGUUAAUGUAUGAGUGUAUGUCUUGUGGGCCCCUGCCAUCCCAGUUUGGGCACUUCCCCUUACCACUAUGAACUGAAAUGCCUGCCAUUGUCAGAGCAGGUAGAAAGCAGACUGCUGUGAAGCAAGGGUGCAACAGAAGUGUCCCCAGCAAAGCAUGUUGUGCUCUUCCCAGAGAAGUCAAGAACUCUGAAGAACUUGCACACGGAGGCCUUGAGAGCCCAGUAGGAUGCUGGGAAUUUCCAAGAUUCAAAGUUGAAUAUGUAUUUCUGGUUUCUAGGGAGAGGACUGUGAAACAGUGUGUGGGUUGUGUUGGGGGUCGCAUCUUGUCAUUGUGGUGGUGGUGGUUGCCUAUAUGCCUUUGAAUUGGGAAUUUGCUGAACAAACUAAGUACUACCAUGCCACUUUGGUUUGUUACUGCCUCUACUCAUAGCCAGGGAGCAGGCUGUCCUCGGCACCAUUGUUCAGAGGGACCAGUGGCUGGAGGGAAUCUACCUUGAAGUGCCAAGAAGCAGGUGCCUGCCCACCUGAAUCUAGAACCUUCCCCUCCAGAAAAGUGGUGCCACACAUCAUGGCCAUCUGCAGGCUGGGUUGUACUGUCACCACUCUGUGGUCAGGAUGCCAAGAUGCUCUUCCUUACCAUGUGCCACUGAUGCAGAGACAGCAGAGCCUGAGCUCCCCCAUCUGGUAAUGGGGUGUGGUAUACAUUGAGUCCGUUUCCACUUCUGUCAGCCUGUUUUGCAAGGAAUGGGGCUUCUCAUAGCUGUGGUGUCAGAAGAUGCCACCAUGGCUUUUCCCUCCUUUCUGUAGUUGCCUGGCACUGACAGCUGGCCCUUGGGCACACUUCUAGUGUACAUUAGCAUCUCAGUGUGACUGUCAGGCAGCCACCUGAGCCUGUGGGUGCUUCUUCCUGAAUCCUGAGCUGGUUACUUCACAUUUCAGUGAGCAGGCCCUUGACUCCGUGGGGCUUGUGUGUCUGGGAGUACAGUGGGAGGUCAUGGGGGGGGGGGUCAGGGCAAGUUUGAGGUUCAUGUUGCAAACCCUUCAUCAGAGUUGGGCCUCCCCUCCUAGAAGCUGUUACUGGUGGCAGCAGCCCUGCCUGGUGUGCUUGUUGUAGAUAGCUGUGGUAUCAGCAGGAUGGUAGGGUGUAGCCUGGCCCUGUUCUGCUGGGUUGUGUUGAGUGGACCCAUCCCAAGUCCUGGAGGGUGUGGCUGUGACGGUUCUUGCCCAAUAUUUAAUCCCAUCAUCACUUGCAGGAAGCGUAGAUAGAAUGUGUGUAUCAACCUGUGUCUUGGUGACCAGUCUCUGAGCUGUGCGUUUGUACUACCACUGUAUUUGUGUACUUUAACAAUUGUGUAAAUAAUAAAUUCAUAAUGACUUCUACCUUU